GCUUUUCAAAGGGGUGAGGGUUGCCGACGACGUACACGAGCGCUAUUCAAAUCAAAACCAUUCAAGUCCAAGGCUUCCAAAGCGCUUUAAGCUUCAGCGCAUGGUCGCAAGUGCUCCGCUACGCAACCGCAGAAGGUCACUGGUGUGAGCUUGUUGCCGGUAGUCGUUGGUCGGUGGUUUUCUUAUUGUUGAUAAAAACGUGAUUAGUGCGUUGUUAGACAAUAAUUAUCGAAAUAGAAAAUGAGUGAGAAAGAUCUUAACCUCAACGACGGGUUUGUCCCGUCCGUUUGGACGUGCGAAGAAGAUAUAGAGAAGGACAUCAUCGCAUUUUCAUAUUUCGAAGAUGAUGGUUCGACCGAAAGGCCAGCAAUGCCCGAUACUCUGAAAGAGUAUUAUGCGAAUUUACGCUCAGAGAAAGAGUCAAAGUACAAUACUGAGUCGGAGAAGGAUGUAGACGAAUCAAUCCAAAAGGAAUCCAGAUCGACUCCUUCACGCGAGAGUCCUACCCCGGUGUAUAACGCGGGCGGAGCUUACAAGGAACAGCCGGAGUCAUCAUGGUCUUCGCCAGAUGAAACUCCGACUCCUGAUCCUAGCGAGCCCCCGGCCAAUCCACGCCCGCCCGCCGCCCGCAAAUACUGCAAGGUGGACUUCAAACCCGCGGGCUAUAUUUUCAGAUAAUGUAAUUGAUUCUUUUGUUCAUGUUUCUAAUUUUUUUAAAUAAAUUUUUGCGAAACAUA